AUGGCGGAUUAUGACAGCCUUGACUUUCUGCAAGAUAAUUUUGAUCCAGCAAGCCUCACCGUACCUCGAUUGAGGUCUAUAUUCGUCACAUAUAAUAUCAGCUAUCCAUCUACUGCAAAAAAAUCACAGCUGAUUGAAAUUUUUACCAAUCAAGUUCUCCCAAUGAGAAAUAAAAUUUUAAGAGAACGUGAUCGUGCGAGAAGAUCAAGUAAAGGUAUCACAAAUGCCGGAUUAAUGGAAGUACUAGAAGAAGAGGAUAAGACUGUUUUUGCACGGACGCCAAGAAAAUCUAUCCUUAGAACGAAACUAGGAGAUGACGAAAAAGAGUCGCUUUUGAAGCAAGAGGCAAUAAUAAGUCCUGAAAAAAAAAAGCGAAAUAGUGGUAGUAAACACGCUCGGACAAGUGACAAUGAGUCAGGUAUAGACCUUGAAUUUAGAAGAAAGUCAUUAAGAGCAAGAAUGAGUGAAACGCCGAUAAACCAUGAGAGGGUAAGAACAAAGGCAAAGUAUGAUGUUAUAGAUGAUGGCGCCGGAGUAGAAAUCGUGAAGCGAAGAGAGAGUGCUUUCACCUACGAUAAUCCGUUUCAAAGUGGGAGCUCGCCUAUAUCUGAACGCUCAAGUCCUGGAACAAAGAGAAAAAGCUUAGGCACAACAAGAGAAAGAAGAGUUACCAGCGGGUAUGCGACUAGAAGUAGAGUAACAUCACCACAGAUUGAUCAUGGUGUUCACCCUCCGAGUAGGAAAAGCUUUCAGGCACCAGCUCUCUUAUAUGAAACACCAAUAAAACAAAAAAAUGAUAUCGAAAUCACUGAGGAAUUUACACCAGAAGAACAACUAGAUCUAAUGAAAGAUAAAGCUGAUAAUCCUAUAAUCUCACGCCAUGCUUUCCGACCAAAAAGACGAUCAUCAACAGUUUAUGGUCUAAAGGGGCCUCUUUGGGUCAUAGCACUAACCGCCCUCUGUGGCUACCUAGCAUGGUAUCGUCAAGAAAAAAUAGCUAUUGGCUAUUGUGGAGUUGGUAAAAGACCAACAUCAGCUUUACCAUCUAGCUGGGAAGCUCCUAAUUGGGCUCGCACUCUUGUCGAACCAGAGUGUGAGCCAUGCCCACAACAUGCUUACUGUUCUAGUAAUAUGCGGGCACAAUGUGAGCACGACUAUAUCCUCAAACUUCAUCCUCUUUCUUUUUCUGGAUUAAUUCCUCUGGUACCUACUUGUGAGCCUGACGGAAUCAAAGUUCGAAAAGUUAAAGCCGUCGCCGAUCGUGCAAUAGAUGAGCUCAGAGAACGAAGAGCUAAAUACGAGUGCGGUGAGCUUAAAGACGACUCUGGAGUUCCCGAAACCUCUGCAGAAAUAGAUGCAGAAGAACUAAAAAAACUUAUGUCUAGCAAACGUCGCAAGGGGAUGUCAGAAGCAGAAUUUGAGGAUUUAUGGGCUGGAGGGCUUCUCGAAGUCUUGGGUCGGGAUGAAAUUUCAUCCACAACCGUUGAAAGUCAAGAAGUCCAUAUCAAGCUUGCAAGCACGUCUCUCGCCCGCCUCAGCCUCAUUUGUGCCCUCAGAAGAUCCGUCCGCAAUACGUUGGCGCAAUAUUGUUUCCCAAUUGGAGGCAUAAUUCUAAGCAUAUUACUACUAGUUUACUGUCGUAAAGUUAUCACGUCAAUGUAUAGAAUAAACGCGGCUAUACCCAAUCUAGUUUCAGUCACCUUAAGCCGUCUUGCUAUUCAAGCUGCGUUACACCAAAAUGAUCGCGGAGUGGACCGUUGGAUUAGCAUUGGACAACUACGUGAUGACGUACUUCGAGAUGAACAUCAAGUAUCCAAAAGAGAAAGUAUUUGGCGCAAAGUUCGAAGUAUUGUUGAGACGAACUCUAAUGUAAGAGCUUCACAAAAGGAGGAUCGUAAUGGAGAAGUUAGUCGUGUUUGGGAAUGGAUCGGCGCCUUGGAAAAUGUGGAGAGUGAUAUUAGGCAAAAGAGGAGCGAAAAACUAGAAAACUCGGGGAGGUUUGGAUUUGAUAAAAGUUCAGACCCAUUUCCUGUCAAGGCUCGAUGGAAUGAGAGCCGGCCUGUUUACUGA